ACUGCAAGAAGCAGGCAGGGCACACUCUUCGAAGUGUGCUAGAUGCACCGUAGCUGCGUGAGUUAAUUCUGUUAAGAAUCUAGUCCAAUUAUCAUGUGGAGACCAGAAGAAAGCCUCGCAAUGACGAUUCUGAACCGACACAGCGGAUAAACUUAACAAAAGGAAUAUAAGAAUAGACGGUGGUAGGCUACCACCAAAUGAAACCGGGCUUAGCCUACAACUUUAAACAGUCGAAGAAAACAUCUCCAAGAUGAAACAGACGAUGUACACGACGCAACCUGUCUGUUGUACCUUCAGUUUUAGAUAAUGUACCAUUGCCAUUUUAUCUAGUCGUUUCAAUCCGCUCGUAAAUACGUCUUCGUUUUACGCACAGUAACCAGUGAGUCCGUCUGUCAAAAUAAUUCCCUAACUUGGACUAUUUCUGGAAUUCGAUCGUUAUCAUGGGAACACACAUUGACGUGCUACUAGUCACAGCAAAUGUUGGAUCAUUAUUUGGUGAUGUGGGCGAGCUGGAGAAUGACUGGCUGCGAGAGUUCUUCACGACGGUCCACACCCACAAGCCUCGCUUUGUGGCUCUGCACUUCCAGGAGGUGGGAGGCAAGGACUACAUGGUCAACAUGGGCCAUGCUGAGGACUUUUUCUGGAACAUCGAGUCCAGUGAGGAGAUGAGGGACUUUGACCGGGUCUGCACCUAUGUGGACAGCCAUUUUAAGGCGGUGGACCGCUUCACGGCUCUCGGAAGCAUGUACUUUAUUCACAAGUCCUUGAAGAACAUCUACCAGUAUGAUUUUAAUGUCAGAGAAUUUAAAGCCGUCUCGGGACACAACAAAUACGUUGGCUCUCUGGAUGGAGUGACCACGGUGGAGAAAGAAAAAUUCCCCAAGAAUUUCUGGCCUGAUAUCAAGUGGUCGAGGAAAGGCUACAUGAGGACACGAUGGAUCAUCCACAACCAGGGCUUUGACCUGGUCAAUGUCCAUCUCUUCCACGACGCGUCCAACCUCAUCGCCUGCAACUCCAGCCCCUCUGUGUACUCUGGCAACCGCAAGAAGGCCCUGCAUUACGUCAUCAACAGGAUAUCAGACAGCAGCUAUGCCCCAGUCCCAUUUUUCCUGUUUGGAGACUUCAACUUCAGACUGGACACCCUCAGCCUAGUUGAGAGUUUGUCCAGGUCAGCGGAUGUCCAGACGGUGAAGAAAGACAGUAGUAACGAGGUGGAGAAGAUCAUCUGUGAGGAGAAAGACAACGACCACAAGGUUCUCCUGCACAUCGAGACCAAGCUGUUUGCCUACCUGCACCAGGCAAUGUUCAGAGAGGACAACGGAAGGGGGCUUCUGAAGUAUGACAAGGAGAAAGCGGCCUUCCAGGACGUCAUCACUGAGGAGGACAUCCUGUUCCCCCCCAGUUACCCCUACAGUGAGGACUACAACAAGCCCACGCAGUACAUGAACACGCGCUGCCCCUCCUGGUGCGACCGCAUCCUCAUGUCCCACUCUGCAAGCGACAUCAUCGAAAGGGCAGAGGAUGGAGAGAACUGCGUGGUGUACAACACACUAGGCCCAAGUGUCUGCAUGGGAGACCACAAGCCUGUUUUCCUGUUCUUCGGAUUGAAGACAAACGGCCACUGAGGCGAAGCCUGGAGCUCUAUUGAAUGGUGAGAUAUGGUGAACCAGCACAGCAUCUAUCGCAUGAGGGAUUGGGAAUCUCGCUUUACAUUCCAGCAUCACCCACAUCACAUCCUUACCAGCACCGGUCCCCCCCAGUCACUGUCUUAUCCACAGUAAACAGACUGUUUCCUGUGUGUGACUACUCCUGUGUGAGGUCAGAGAAUGUCCACCACCAGCAUUACACGUGUACCGCCCAGCAUUAGUAUUAACCCUGCCAAACCUUCCCCCACCUGCCCCGUUAUGCAACCCACAACCCCCCCUGACCGGUCGUGGAAAUGUACCCGUGCAAUUCUGCCCAGGCAGAGAGAGACUCGUGAGGGUGAAUCAUCUACAGCUGUCAUGGAAGUUUUCUGCACUGCAUUCUCGUUUUUCCUGAGUGAGGUCAUGAGGGGGAGGAGCUGAGUUCCAGGAAGCAGCUUCCUUCCCAAACAACCUCAGACCCUUCUCAGCACUGCCCCCUUCCCUCUCCCUGCCCGCUCUGUCCAAUUCCUCGUCAUCCUGCUUUCACUGAGUUCUGCACAGGAAGGAGCAGAUCGACAGGCUCCAGAAGCACUGUCAUUCUUCCAAGUAAGCAGCUGACUGCAGCUGCUCAAAGUAUCCGUUUGCUUUUUAUUCCUUACGCUUACCGUUAGCCGACAGACAUGCUGUGAUUCAUGUUUUUACUUAUUUUUUUACUUAUAUUUAUUUCCUGUCUUAUGUCAAGGACAUAUGCUAAAAAAGUAAACACAACACACCACAGUAGCUGCUAACAGUUCACCAUAGCUGCCCCCUUUCAAAAAAAGAAAAUGAAUUGGUAAUGGAUAGUGGACCCUUCAGUUUGGGGAUAGAUGGCAUAAUUCUCAGCGUGACAGGGAAUUUUAUGAUGAUAAGAAGGCCCCUUUACUGUGAAUUAUCUGAUUUGGCAUGAGUGUCUCCUAAAAUAUUGCCUCGGCUCUACUCCUUACAGUAAUAUAGGUGUAGGAGUGAGAGAGUGUAUUUUACAGCGAUAUAACCAGUGUCCUGACGUAGCCUUACAUGUACUUUAGCCUAAGUAAAUGCUCCACUUUCCUUUGGUUGGGUGGGCAGAAUUACCACCCACUCUUGCAGUCACAGCUACAGUUCCAGCACCGUUUAAAUCAAUACAAUUUUGAAUUUACAAGUUCACUGGGGAGGCAUUUCGAGCCCUUCAGCAGAGUCUGAAGUAUUUAAAUCACCCCCCUGUGAGUGUGGCUGGGCACUCCCUCAGACUCCUAAUUCAACCCCCCGGUAGGCAGUGGAGGUUUAAGAGCUGCAGAUGUGUGUCACUGUGUCCAGGCACCUCCUGCUAUCACAGUGGGCCAAAACUGCAAGAACAUGGAAGUGUUUUAGUCUUGUAAUGAGAAAAUAGUAGCUUGUUUUUUGCUUGAUAAAUGAAAGUGUCUGGCCCAUUGGCAAAUCUGGCCGAUCUUUUUGUCUUACUGUCUUUAGCAAAAAAGUAGCAGAAAUAAUAUUUUAAGUCUAAAUCAAAGUCUAAAUCGAAAAGAAAAAAGACUAAAAUGCUUGAUAAGAUUUACUUAUUUUUUUGGUUUUUGCAGUGAACUGCAUAUUGGACCGUCUCAUACCCAAACUAGAUUAAUUCUGGCACUGGUCGAGGUUUCUGUCAGCUUUUUAAAAUUCUCAGCACAACUGCUCAGUGACUGGUCUUUUAGCCAAAUAGUUUGUUCUUCAUUUUAACCCUGAUGAGUAUUAGUUUGUUAAGUAUGAUAAUUUUCAGUGCUUUAUGUAAUGGUUAGUGGCUGGGGUGUUGUACCGUCUUGCUUUUGUUUUGUUUUUUCAGCCAUAUCAUAGUAAGAAAAAGAAGUAAGUCACUAAGUUUUCUUGCUUUUAUGUUACCCUCUCACUCAUUUUUAGGUUAUCUUAUUUGAAUUUUUUUUUUUUUUAGGUUGAAGGGGGUGAAACAUAUAGAUAAGUCAUUGGUAGAAGGUACAAGUAGUUCCUUUUGUUCAAAUUAACAAACCAAAUGUAGCUCAUAUUUUAAUGUUUUAUAUGUUUGUGUCUCCUCCUUUUCUUGUGGGUUAGGUAGUUGCUUUGGCUGUUUUUGUAUCAGGAUUACAUGUUGAAAGUUUACUUGCCAAAACAAAACGUUUACCUUAUCAUUCAACUUUUUUGGAUGUUAUUGGAACAUGCAUGUAUGACUAGUUUCUCAAGAUGUCCCAUGCAUGCGCACAAUUACAAACACACAGAUACAUUCAUACCAGAAUCUGAUUAUAUCACUCUUCAUUUAUGAUGGUGGAUUGUGUCUCAUUGAAACCAUAAAUUAAAAAUCAGCUCAGAAUUGUAAAUGUCAAAGUCAACAUGUAUUCAGGCAUGGUUGUGAUUAAUAAUGAAAUAUUUUUGUUAUCUUUUAUUGUUGGAUAAUUAUGGGAAAGGCAUAUUCGUAAUGAACUCCAGAGCAUUCAUUCUCUGGUCUGGACUGUCUCAUAGUAACCACACACAGUUAUAUGUUAUAUGUAUUAUAGAACCUGGGCAGCCAGCAUCAGUCAAGGCUGGACAUAUUGUAGGUUUCCAAAACGAGAUGUUUAGCUUGAUGCCGCUAAAUGCAUAGAUUAUCUAUAAUUGAAAGUGUAAUCUGGAUCCUGUUGGGUUUCAUUACAUUUAUUGACAGUCGUUAGUCUGCAUUGUCAGAGUGGAAGUAACAAGUACUGCUAGUCAAUAACCUACUUCUAGGAUAUAUUUAUGUGACAUGAGACAAAUAUGAUGUUCACAUUCAGUUGACCACGGCAAAUUCAUAUGCUCUGAAGUUCAUUAUGAGGCCAGUGAUAUCAUUAAACAGACAGCACAGAUGUACUUAGUGUCUUUUUUCAGUCUUACAAGAAACACUACAUUAAUAUUAUAACAUAUCUUUGUAAGUGUGUACAUAAAUAUAUGAAACUUUUUAAAAGUGGGUCUUGCCCCAGAUAAUUUGCCACUGGGCUAUCAUUACUCAAACAGUGCAACUUUUAAACUGUAGAAAGUAUGUAUUCCUACUGUUCUGUUUGAAUGAACUCAACCUACAAGCUUUUUUUCUGUCAGAGUUCUGGAAAACUGAAAAUGUGUUAACCAAUGUUCAGAUUUACAUUUUGGUGGGUAGUUGUGGCAUAGCCUACUCUGUAAACUUGAUACUGGCGUGUUUUUCAUUUAUAAAAACUGUUUUUUCAACCUGUCAAUUUACUUUCACGCUUGACUUGGCAUGACUUAAAUGGUUUUCAAAAGAACAAAGUUCUUUGUCAAUUCCUCCUCUGAGCCAAAAUUUGACAGUUCAGUGAACUUCCUCUCUGGUUCAGUGCUACUGUAGCUCUGUGAUUUGGUCACAGUUCUGAUUUUGGAUCCCAAACAAUAUUUAAAUUGCCAUAAAACCACAGGAAACGCCAUUCCUGGAAAAUGGAGAGACCCAGACACAAAAGGCGAUGUCUUGCACAGCCCGUCCGAGGCAUUUAGACAGAGAUAAACGUGGCGUUAAAUCUGCUCCCUCAAGGUGAGGGAGAUCUUUUUGUUUUUACUUUAUUUUUGAGAUGGACGGCAUGUUUAGAUCGAUACCUGCUGAAAAGGGAAAAGCGGGUCGAAAUGAUGUGGCGUUCGGAAUGCGAUCCUCUCGGCUGCUGAAUUUGAAAAGACGAAUCGUCCCCUGAUUGGACAGAUGCUGAUUCAUCUGCAGCACACGGUGUGAGUGUAGUCACUGAUAGGACGACUGGCUGUGUGCUCAGUGUAGCCUAGCUGGUGGUCAUUCAUUGUGACGUCAAGUGCAGCCAUGCAAGAAAGCAUAAUGGUCUUUCUAGCUUCAGAUCAUAAUAAAGCAACUCUUAAAAGACUAAAACCAUUUGCGUGUUUAGUGUUUUAAGCAGUAGGGAUGUGUAACAGUGCCAAGAACUGAAUGGUGUCUUAUUUGCUUUCUUCUCCAUUGUUUCUUCUCCAUAGGCCCUCCUGAUAUUUUUCUGAUAUAUUAAAAAUCAAUUAAUAUAAUUUCACACCGUCAUUGUUUUUCACAGUAAACCUGAUAGGAAAUGUAUAUAUUUUGUAUUGUCUUCAAUGUCCUCCUAGCAUUCAAACAGGUCUUGCUUCCUCAAAUCAUCGUUUAUUUCAUCUUAUUACAUCAAGCAUUGGGGGUGAAAUCUUUAUCGUGUACAUGACAUGUUAUUGUUUCUGUUGCAUUUCCUCUGAUAAACUGUACAUAUUCAACACA